UUUCACGGCCCGUCAUACGUCAAAAUAAUAUUUCAUUUAAAAUAAUUAAUAUCUCGACAUAAUACUAGUUUCCGGAGUAUAAUAAAGUGAUAACGUAAUAGUAAUAAACAUAAAGAAAAGCCAGUGAUUGAAAUAAAGCUCGAAAAAUGCUCAAGUAAAGGAAUGUCCAGAUAUAUGGUGACUUACUCUUUAGAAGACAAAUUCGUGAUGUGUACAAAAAAAUAAAAUUUUAUUUCUCAUCGCCUUUCUGGGACUUUUUGACAGCUUCAAUAGCUUACUAUCAAAUAAUAACUAUAGACUCAGUGAUAUCCAUUAUAAGUUCUUACAAAUUGACAGUAUUUUUGCAUUAUUCGGUAAAAUUAAUCCAGAAAAAAUUUCUAAGUUCGUGUAAAGUCUUUAAAAAUCGAGUUUAAUUAAAUUAAAUUACAUAAAUGGAUGAUUUAUCAAGUCCACCAGCAAGAGGUGCUGUGUCAACUUUCUUUCUGCGACUAAGUCAACGUUAUCAAUCACUUUUAGAUAAGAGCACACCACAUGCGAAAACGAGAUGGAUUCUCGCGUUUGUAAAUUUAGGAUUAUUCCUGGCUAGAAUAAUUACAGUGCAAGGCUGGUAUAUUAUAACUUAUGCUCUUGGUAUUUAUCAUCUCAAUCUGUUCAUUGCCUUUCUCACACCAAAAAUUGAUCCAGGACUAGAUCUUGAUUCUGAUGAUCACGACGGUCCAGAACUACCGACGAGAAGCAAUGAAGAGUUUAGACCAUUCAUUCGCCGACUUCCAGAAUUCAAAUUUUGGUAUGCAAUUACAAAAUCGACAACAAUCGCCAUUGUAUGCACAUUCUUUGACGUAUUUAAUGUGCCGGUGUUUUGGCCAAUUCUCGUCAUGUACUUUAUAACGCUAUUUUGUAUAACGAUGAAGAGACAGAUUAAGCAUAUGAUAAAACAUAGAUAUCUGCCGUUCACUCACGGAAAACCCAAAUAUAAUACACAAUUUGAUGCUGUAGAAAACGUGUGAAUUUUAUGUUGUUGUAAACUACUCCUUUCUUCACAUGUGCAUGAAAAUAAGAUUCAUUGACUUCAUUCAUAGAAAAAAAGAAAGAAAAAGAUUUAAAGGAA